ACAUCCCGCGUGAUCCCCCACGUGCAGUGCCCCCCGGGACAUCCCGCACCCCACGUGCAGUGCCCCCCAGAACAUCCCGCAUCCCGCGUGCAGUGCCCCCCAGAACAUCCCCCACGUGCAGUGCCCCCCGGGACAUCCCGCACCCCGCUGCCCCCCGGGACAUCCCGUGUGAUCCCCCACGUGCAGUGCCCCCCGGGACAUCCCGCAUCCCACGUGCAGUGCCCCCCAGAACAUCCCGCGUGA